GUACCGGAAUCGACUCCAUUGAUAUUAAAUUUAGUUUUAAGUUUAGAGAAUCAUGCGAGAUUUGACCGUUAAUAACGUUCCCAUGGCACGGCAAUCGUUCCACAGAUAACUAUAGUGCCGAUGGUUCCGAACCGAUUUCCACCACCUUAGGGUGCGGCCAGAGUGCACUCAGAUUAGACUGUUGUCAAGUUUUCAAAGAGCAAAUACGUAUAGCAAAAUGACGUUCUUGCAUUAGACUGAGGCCCAAGCACGAAUUUUUACAGCUCUUUAUUAGCAUCGCAUCGUAAAAGUUUCUAUGAAAACUGAACAGCGCCCCUACCGAACGUAAGAAUAAACUGGGUUCAUCCAUACCAAAGAUCCAUACAAAAUUUGACGAUGACGAAACGAUUACGGAAGGAAUUGUCAAAAUUCACCCUUUGUAAAUAAAUUUUAGGAAAGUGCACUGGGAAAAUUAAAAUGAAAGAUAAAUUUUUCACUACUGGGUAUUGCGUUUUAAGAAUAUCCAGUUUAUGAAAAUACAUGAGGCAUUUACUCGGGUGCCAUUCAUAAGUGACGAAAACAUGCGACGAGUGUCAGUACUUAUUGGAAGAUGUACAUUUUAAUAAAAAGGCACAAAACUAUGAUACUGGUUAGCAUUUUCUUCUUUUAUAUUGGAUGUGGACUAACUCUGAGCUUCUUGAGAAUAGAAUGCAUUGAUGUAGUAUCUACAACUACCGAACAGGAUUUCACUGAAUCUGCUGAAGUAGAAUACGCUGUGCUAGUGUUAUCGGGUCCAGAGAACGAAGAUAGGCGAGACGUUAUAAGAUCGACAUGGGGCAGGUUUUCUGAGAAUAUAUUUGUAGAAAAUGGUGAAAGGCUUUAUAAAUGGAAUCACACUUGGAUUGGUGAAAGUAAAAAACAACCUCUCAUCAAAGUAUUUUUCACAAUCGGAAUCAGUGGUUUGAAAACAGAUAAACUGGAUAAAUUGAAAAGAGAAUUAAAUAGAAAUGAUGACCUUUUGCUGUUAGAUUUGAAAGAUAGCUAUAAGGCACUAACAAGCAAAGUUUUGUCUUCAUUGAAAUGGUUAAAUGGUAAUUUAAAGAAUGUGAAAUAUGUUAUUAAGUGUGAUGAUGACUCAUUUGUAAGAAUUGACUUAAUUGUCAAAGAUCUAGAGGCAUAUGCACCAGAAAUGAAUGAUCGAUCAUUGAAAGAAUAUGUUUCAUUCAAAAGUAGCCUUCCAUCUUAUAAGGGUUUAUAUUGGGGUUAUUUUGAUGGUAGAGCAAGAGCAUUCUCAAAAGGAAAAUGGCAAGAGAAUACCUGGUUCCUGUGUGAUACAUACCUGCCUUAUGCUCUGGGUGGUGGUUAUGUCAUAUCCAAAAGUAUAGUCAAAUAUUUAGCUCAAAAUGCAGAUUUUCUAAGUCUCUACAAUUCAGAGGAUGUUUCGAUGGGGGUGUGGACAGCUGCUCUCCAUAGUAUUAACAGAGUGCAUGACAUAAGAUUCGACUCUGAAUGGAUAUCUAGAGGCUGCAGUGAAAAUAUGUUAGUACGUCAUAAACAAUCAUCUGGUAAUAUGUUUCAAAUGUAUCGGACACUAGUUCAAUCUAAUGGAGAGAAAUUGUGCAAGACUGAAGUAUUAAACAGGCAAUCAUAUUCUUACAAUUGGAAUGUAUUACCCAGUAAAUGUUGCAGAUGAUUAUAAUUCUAGUCCCGUGUAUGGAAAUUAUUUAUUGUCAUAAAUUAAAUAAUUGGAAACAUUGUGG